CCUUUGAGUGGCACCUCAACUGUCUGCUACCUACACCUCUUUACACCAAAGAAGACAGCAGAACGAUUUUUAGUGCAGUACCCAGAGGUAGUCUACCAAAGUUUGAUGCAGCAUCCUUUUUUUUGUUUCUCUAGUGCCUAAGCUCAAAGACAAAGGAAGAAGAAAGAAGAUGAUAACCAUAAUUUCCUUGGCGUUAGUCUGUCUGAGCCUUGCCAACAAUGUGUAUACAGAAGUGAGUCGUCAUCAGAUUUUUGCCACUCUAGGCAGGAAUGUAAGCUUGCCCUGCCGUCUGUCCUUUAGUGAUGGCUUCAGUUUUGACGGGAUUGGAAAGAGGGUCAAGUGGACCAAGCUUGAGGAUCCUAAUGACGAGACUAAUGUGCUGAUUUCUAUGGGUUUCCACAAGAUCAUAUAUGGACGCUUCGAAAACCAUGUUGAUCUGCUGGAGGCUGAUCAAAAUGAUGCCUCCCUGAUUAUUACCAACCUUCAGCCAGAUGACUUUGGCACAUACAAGUGCGAGAUCCUCAGUGGCAUGGAUGACGUAGUUGUGGAGAUAGAUCUUCGAAUGGGUGGAGUUGUAUUCCCGUACUCCCCACGCUUGGGCCGUUACAACCUGAACUUCCAUGAUGCUGAGGCUGCUUGCUGGAGCCAGGAGGCAGUGGUGGCAUCAUUCGAGCAGCUCCACCAGGCCUGGAUAGGUGGGAUGGACUGGUGUAACGCUGGCUGGCUGAAUGAUGGAACUGUACAGUAUCCUAUCACAAAACCCAGGCAGCCAUGCGGGGGCAAUGUUGCUGCUGGAGUCAGAAGUUAUGGCCGGCGUAACAAAACCAACAACCAUUUUGAUGUUUUCUGCUGGACCCCUGGAUACAAUGGAAAAGUAUUCUUUUUGGAUGAGAAACUGACCUUCCUUGAGGCUGAGCAGGCAUGCGAGGAUGGUGGAGCUGAGCUGGCAAAGGUAGGGCACAUGUUCGCUGCCUGGAAGCUGCAGGGCUAUGACCGUUGUGAUCCUGGCUGGUUGGCUGACGGGAGUGUGAGAUACCCAAUCUCCAGGCCAAGGAUGAAGUGUAGCCCCACAGAAGCAGCCGUCCGUUCUAUUGGAUUUCCUGAAAAGAAGCACAAGCUUUAUGGUGCCUACUGCUACAGAGGUUAACAUUUUCAAAAUUCACACACCAACUAAAGCGCUGUAACACACACAAGUAUUGCAUUAUAAAACAUGAGCAAGCAUUAAAACUACAAUUUCUUUUAAAGGAGGUGCCAGAAUAUUGUCCUAAACAUUACAAAUACACACUGUUACCAGAACAACAAUUCAUCGUGAACCUUUUUUAUUAUUUCUGUAUUUUUUUUUCAGUUCAGUUAAGCUAUUUUGUCCAGUGAAUGUAAUCAUUAAUAAAAAAUAAAUAAAAAAUUAACAUUAGACAUUUUUUGACAUAUCUGACAUCUCGUUAGAGCAUUGGCUCCUUUUUUGUCCUUUUUUACAUCACAUUAAACAUUUUAUGCACAUAUAUCCUCAAGAUACAUUUAGCACUACAAAUCAUAUCACAAAUCUCUUCAUGAAAUGUCAAAUAAAUGUCAGUUGCAUAGAUUGUCAGCAGGCAUAAAAAGAAAUUAUAGAAAUACAAAAAUUAUUUGGUUUGUACUGUGAGCUUAAACACAUUCUAUAAGUAAACCAAGUAAAUAAAUCAAACAAACAAAUAUGAGGCUACAGUUUACUUACCAGGAACCCCC